AUGAGGAUUUUUAGACCGUGGAGACUGCGCUGCCCUGCCCUACACUUACCCUCUUUCCCCACGUUCUCUAUAAAGUGUAGUUUGCCUCCUCUUCCCACUGACGAAGACAUGUGUAAGAGUGUGACCACAGGCGAGUGGAAGAAGGUCUUCUACGAGAAGAUGGAGGAGGUGAAGCCGGCGGACAGCUGGGACUUCAUCAUAGACCCCAACCUCAAGCACAAUGUGUUGGCCCCUGGCUGGAAGCAGUACCUAGAACUUCAUGCCUCAGGCAGGUUCCACUGCUCCUGGUGCUGGCACACCUGGCAGUCGCCCCAUGUAGUCAUCCUCUUCCACAUGUACCUGGACAAGGCUCAGCGCGCUGGUUCGGUGCGCAUGCGUGUGUUCAAGCAGCUCUGCUACGAGUGCGGUACAGCGCGGCUGGAUGAGUCCAGCAUGCUGGAGGAGAACAUCGAAAGCCUGGUGGACAACCUCAUCACCAGUCUGCGCGAGCAGUGCUAUGGGGAGCGUGGUGGCCACUACCGCAUCCAUGUGGCCAGCCGGCAGGACAACCGGCGACACCGCGGAGAGUUCUGCGAGGCCUGCCAGGAAGGCAUCGUGCACUGGAAGCCCAGCGAGAAGCUGCUGGAGGAGGAGGCGACCACCUACACCUUCUCCCGUGCUCCCAGCCCCACCAAACCGCAGGCCGAAGCAGGCUCAGGCUGCAACUUCUGCUCCAUUCCCUGGUGCUUAUUUUGGGCCACGGUCCUGAUGCUCAUCAUCUACCUGCAAUUCUCCUUCCGUAGUUCUGUCUAA